AACCCUAACUCCCAAAUUGAUUGACACUUUCUGCGGCUUCCCUUCUGCUGCUUUCUCUUUCUAUCUCCCCCCCUUUCCAAUUUCAGCAUUUCAUCUUCAUAUCCAACCACUAUUUCAAUUCAAAUAUGUCCAAAAAAGAUGGAGCUGCUGUUAGUACAACAGAAAGUGAAAUUAGUACUCCUGUCAAGUCAUCCAUGAAACCGGUAGUCGAGCAACAAAACAACAAAAGUAGUACUACAACAACUCAACAAACUAGUACGGUGGCGGCGGCGACGACGACGGUGGCGCCAGUAGUGGUGGGACAACAACAGCAACAAUGGGUGGCGAUGCAAUAUCCGGCGGCGGCGAUGGUAAUGCAGCAUCAAAUGAUGGCGGCGCCGUCACCAGGACAUGGACAUUUUCCUAUGGCUCCGCCACCUCAUUAUAUGCCGUUUCACCCGCACCACAUCCAUCCUGCUGCUAUGGCUGCAGCUCAGCAGCCAUAUCAGGGUGGCGGUGGUGGCGGCGGUGAAAACCGUACAGUUUGGGUUGGUGAUCUUCAUAAUUGGAUGGAUGAAGAUUACCUCCGCAACUGUUUUGCUUCCACCGGUGAGGUUGCUUCAAUAAAAGUCAUUCGCAAUAAACAAACUGGUUUCUCAGAGGGAUAUGGAUUUGUGGAGUUCUUUUCACAUGGUGCAGCCGAAAAGGUUUUGCAGACUUAUACAAGCCUUGCUAUGCCUAAUACAGAACAACCAUUUCGGUUAAACUGGGCAACAUUUAGCAUGGGUGAUAAGCGAUCAAAUAAUGGUUCUGAUCUUUCAAUAUUUGUAGGAGAUUUAGCUGCAGAUGUAACUGAUACCUUAUUGCACGAAACAUUUUUUAAUAAAUACCCGUCUGUUAAAGCUGCUAAAGUUGUCAUUGAUGCCAAUACUGGCCGAUCUAAAGGUUAUGGUUUUGUAAGGUUUGGGGAUGAUAAUGAGAGGACUCAGGCAAUGACCGAAAUGAAUGGAACUUACUGCUCAAGUCGGCCCAUGCGUAUUGGUGCAGCUACUCCAAGAAAAUCAUCUGGAUACCAACAGCAAUAUGGUUCACAAGGUGGUUAUAUGUCUAAUGGUGGCUCUCAUUCUGAUGGAGAUUCUAACAACACCACGAUAUUUGUGGGAGGGCUUGACCCUACUGUAAGUGACGAGGAUCUUAGGCAGCCUUUUACCCAAUAUGGCGACAUAGUCUCAGUGAAGAUACCCAUUGGUAAAGGAUGUGGAUUUGUACAAUUCGCCAACAGAAACAAUGCUGAGGAGGCACUGCAGAAAUUAAAUGGCACCACGAUUGGGAAGCAAACUGUACGUCUUUCUUGGGGACGUAAUCCUGCUAAUAAGCAGAUGAGAAAUGACUUUGGGAACCAGUGGGCAGGAGCAUACUAUGGCGGGCCUGUUUAUGAUGGUUACGAGUAUGCUAUGACACCACCUCAUGACCCAAGCAUGUAUGCUGCAGCUUAUGGGGCUUAUCCAAUGUAUGGCAUUCAUCAACAACAAGUAAGCUAGCUGGGCUGAGGUCACUGCCAUUCCUCAAAAAGAAUUUAAUCAGCCGAAUAGAACAACUAAAGAAUGGUCACAAAAUUUGUGUUCCAUUUUUAACUCUUUGUAGCGUCUCUUGGGAGUGUAGAAUGCGCCCAACUCUCUAUCCUCCCUCUAAAUAUGGAGUGGUGGUUGAAUUUUGACUACAUGAGGUAGUUUUGUAGGGGUUUCAGUUAAAAAAAACACGUGUUUCUGUUCGCAUGUGUGGGAUUUUAACUGUAAGACUUCGGUAAUAUUAAUAAGCUAAAUCACAAAAUCUUAUAUGGUACUUUUUUUA